AUGGCGGCACCAACCACAAAGCUGACGUCGAAUUACGCGAGCGAAUAUGGUUCCGAUAUCGACAUCCAGUCUAUCGCGACGCUGAGUGACUACGGCUCCGAUAUCGACAUUGACGACGACACCAUACUUGCAGACGCUUUCGACACGAUAAGAGACGCGGCGCAAACCCAGAAGAGCGCAGUGCUGCCCAGCAUCGAGUUUGAAGAGGGCGAACGAGAAGAUGAAGAGCAGGAUGUGGACGGCUUCGUGCAGGUACACAGACCCACGGUGCUGCGCGUUACCAAGGGCAAGAGGAGUGUCGACGCGGAUACACAGAGGGACAUACAGAGUUCGCCCAUGCGAGAGCGGAAGGCGCUGGAAGUCGAGUAUGACGAGAGAUCGCGACGGGCGUGGAGUGUUCCUCACGAACAACCAGCCACUCCACCUUCACCUUUGCAAUUCCACCCUAAGCGCAGCGCAUCGCAAGCCACUGCCGCCGCUGAAACCGACACCCGUCCGCCCCUCGAGCGUUUCCGAACGAAACCCAAGAAAUGUCUCUCGGUGACCGAUCUCGUCUCCCCGGCUUGGUGCGAAUUACAGUAUUUUUACACGCUCAGCAAAUUCGGACGGAAGCCACGAACACAGGCUAUGAAGACUGGUAGCAAGAUCCACCAAACGCUCGAAGACCAAGUCCACACAACGGUGCCGGUGCAGGUUGAAAGCAAAGAAGAUGGAUUUGGGCUGAGGAUGUGGAAUGCGAUUUCUGGGCUGAGGUGUUUGAGGGAGAUGGGAUUGACGAGAGAACUGGAAGUCUGGGGUGUGAUUGAGGGACAGGUUGUUAACGGGGUUAUCGAUGAGAUCAGUUAUGUUUGUCCCGACGCGGAAUUUGAGCAAGAGGUUGAGAGGGCGAGGGCAGAGAAGAAUGGUGGUAUUGUUCCUUUGCCAUCGAAUCAGCCCAGCAUCUCAGACGCCUUUGCCAAAGCCUCUGGGAAACCGUCUUUAUCCGACCUGUUGCCCUCCGCACCAGAUCCCUCGGAUCGCCAAAUCUACAUUGCAGAUGUAAAGACCCGCUCUGCGAAAUCUCUCCCAACCGGUGCGAGUCUACGCCCUACAUGGAUGCAACUCAUGCUCUACCGCAAACUCCUCGAAUCCCUCUCUUUAAACACCGUGGAUGCGGAGACUGUCCUGCAGCGCUACAGUCUCGACCCACUUGCGCUUUUUACGCAAACCUUCCUCGGUGAAAUCUCUUCCAUAGGUCCGCACGGGAACCCAGAGUCCGAAGCGACAAAUUACCCAAAUCUACUCUCACUAUGGAGUCUGCUCGUCACAGAGAUGCAAGAAACGUUUCCAAGGGGAAGCUUGAGCCCGAUACUACGGGCGGAGUUUCGGUACGCAAAGACGGGAGAUGUGCUUGGUAGUCGGCUUACGGUGUACGAGCCGGACGUCAUUGAUGCGUAUGUUGGGAGUGAGAUGGCUUGGUGGAAGGGUGCGAGGGAGGCCAAGGGAGUGGAGAUUGAGGAGGCGUUUAAAUGUCGGAUAUGCGAUUUUGCUGAGUCGUGUACGUGGAGGAAGACGAAGGUUGAAGAGGCUGUGGAGAAGAGUAGGCUUAGGAGGGAGGGGAAGGCGAAAGCUGUUGUCUGA